AUGCACUACCUCAAACAAAUCGUGGCCGUUAGGCGCAAAGCAGGCUUGACCAGGCAAGAGUUCUUCGACUAUCAUUUCCAAGUUCAUGGCAAGAUCAGUACAGCUCCUUCGCCGGCAGAGACACCUUCAAGAUACUUCCAGACCCAUCUCGAAGACGCGGCUUAUCAUCCUCAAGACUCUAGUCUCGGCCUCAAUGCUAGCCCUAAGUGGGCUUUCUCUGACGAUAUCACUGAGCUCUAUUUCCAGUCUAUAGAGCAUCUCGACCGUGUCUUCAAAUCACCACAUGUCAGGGAAAGGGUUGGACCAGACGGUCUCAACUUUUCGGACCUAGGCGCAUCUUUACCCGUUACAGUGACGGAGACUGUCGUUCCAUUUCAGGGAUGUGACCCGAUUGAGGAACUCGACUCUCGGUUGAGCUCACCAGUUGCUAUGUAUUUCAUAGCUGGUAUCAACGGUGGCAUCGACGACUUGGUGUCGGGAUUCACAAAGUGUCUGCAACAAUUCGCCGCAACUCGGGUUCGUACUCUUAUAUCGAACGUGCCCGUGGAUCUUACCUGGGACCCAAAUGCCUAUUUUGGAAGUGACCCUGGACGUCCUGUAUUUGAUCUUGUCUUUACUAUCCACCUUCGCGAUAAAGAAGCAAUUCCGACGGUGAGAGAAGCGCAAAACAGCUUUGAGCAAACGUUCGCUUCGCAGCUUAAUCUUGAGAACACCUGGAUCGCAUUUGGCCAGCGUGCGUUGAUCUUCGACCAGGACGGAGGUAUAGAGUUUGACCCUGCCCGGCAACCCCGUCUAUAG